GCACAACAUAGAAAUAAAGCAACCCUGUUAGUUCCCCCACCAAAUCAAACACCUCUUUUCUUUUCUACUCGUCAUGCCAGCCAGCCCAGCCACUUCAACUUGAAGAAAACAAGCAAGGGAAAACCUCUUUUUCAUUUCUUCUCUCUUCUUCUUCUUCUUCUUCUUCUUCAUUUCCUUUCCUUUAUUCCUUCCUUAACAUUCUCUCUCUCUUCCUCCAUUCAUAAUAAGUAACACAAAUAAAUACAUAUACUAAAAACCAUCACAAAGCAAACAACUUUCUUCUACCUCCAUCUCUCUCAACAAGCAAACCCUGUAGCUCUCUAGAGCCACUCUGAGUAAACAGAGUUUUUGCUUUGCACACUUCCCAGUUCUUGUGGUGCACCCCUUUUGUACUACUUUUUAAAAUUGUCCCUCUCUCUCUCUCUCUCUCUUUCAACCUGACACCGUGAAAAGUGACAAAUAUUGCAACUUUGGACACCACCAUGGUCCACUACCAUCGCUCCCAUCAACCCAGAAAGACCAACACUGACGAAGAGUCACAGAACACCGUCAUGUUGGAUUGCUCAACCUCUGCUUACUACAAGAGAACCAGGCCCAAGUUGUUGUCUUUCCUCUUCCUCAUCACCUUCCUCUCUUGCUGCUACGUCUUUGCUCCUCUUUUCCUUGGCCCUUCUUUCCCUCUAUCUCUCUUGUACUCUCCUGCAACCGAAAAUGAUGUGAACCGAGAUGGAGUUGAUGCAAAUGAUUCUCCUUGCUCUUCUGUUUCUACUGGAACUAUAUGUUGUGAUAGAAGUGGUUAUCGUUCCGAUGUUUGUGUGAUGAAAGGUGAUAUAAGGACACACUCUGCUUCCUCUUCAGUUUUCCUCUACAAUUCAAGGAGCAACAACAAUGUUUCGAGAAAUUUUGAAGAGGAACUUCAACAUGAAAAGAUCAAGCCUUAUACUAGAAAAUGGGAGACAAGUGUUAUGGACACCAUUGAUGAAUUAAGCCUCGUCCCGAAGAAUCUGAAUUUGGGAGGUGUUGGUGGUUGUGAUGUCCAACAUGAUGUUCCAGCAGUUUUCUUCUCUAAUGGGGGCUACACUGGCAAUGUUUAUCACGAAUUCAAUGAUGGAAUCAUACCUUUGUACAUUACUUCUCAGCAUUUCAAGAAGAAGGUUGUGUUUGUGAUUCUUGAGUAUCAUAAUUGGUGGAUCAUGAAGUAUGGAGACGUCCUUUCUCGUCUAUCGGAUUUUCCACCAAUUGAUUUUCGAGGAGACAAUAGGACUCAUUGCUUCCCAGAAGCCAUAGUUGGUCUCAGAAUCCAUGAUGAGCUAACUGUGGAUUCUGCACUGAUGAGGGGUAACAAGAGCAUUGCUGAUUUUAGAAACCUUUUGGAUAAAGCUUAUUGGCCAAGGAUCAAGGGGCUAAUUCGAGACGAAGAAAGGAAAGCACAAGAGAAGUUGAGAGAACAAGUCUCAUCAUCUGAAUCAUCAGAAGCCUCACAACAACAGUAUAUAAUUAGGCAACAAGUGCAAGAAAAUCCAACGAAGAAACCUACGUUGGUUAUUCUCUCUAGAAGUGGGUCAAGAGCUAUAACUAAUGAGAAUUUGCUUGUGAAGAUGGCAGAGGAAAUUGGGUUUUUGGUGCAAGUUUUGAAGCCUGACAGAACAACAGAAUUGGCAAAGGUUUAUAGGUCUCUUAAUGCAAGUGAUGUCAUGAUUGGUGUUCAUGGAGCAGCUAUGACACAUUUUCUGUUCCUGAGACCUGGUUCUGUGUUUAUUCAAGUGGUUCCUCUUGGUACCACAUGGGCUGCAGAAACUUAUUAUGGGGAACCUGCAAGGAAGCUUGGCUUGAAAUACAUUGGCUAUCAAAUUCUGCCUAGAGAGAGCACUUUGUAUGAAAAAUAUGAUAAAAAUGAUCCUAUUCUGAGAGACCCUACAAGCAUUAACAAGAAGGGGUGGGAAUACACAAAGAAGAUCUAUCUUGACAGCCAAAAUGUCAUGUUAGACCUCAGGAGAUUCAGAAAAAGGUUACAUCGAGCUUAUGAGUAUACACUCUCCAAAUCAAAACUGAGUCUCCAACACCAACAAAUGUGAAUUCCAAUGGUUUCAUUUGGUUCUCGAUAUUCAUCAUGUGAAAAUAAUUUUCUUAAAAUGUUGAACAUUCUUAUGCAUAUAAAGGCAACCUGAAAAGUUCUUAGUGCGAUAUGUUUUGUAUAGCAAGCAUAUAGAAAUGUAUACUAGGGGAUGUGUAAGUAAAAGCUACAACUUGUGAUUCUCUCAUUUUUUUUGUGUGUGAAAAAAAGAAAUUGUGUUA